AGGAGUUGAGAAAGGUUCAAAAGAACCAAAGCUAGAAAAGGUGGGGAAGAUAACCGUUGAGCAACUACGUGCAAUAGCAACGGAAAAGCUGCCAGACUUGAACUGUAAAAAUAUUGAAUCUGCCAUGAGAAUUGUAGCAGGUACUGCAGCUAACAUGGGCAUCGACAUCGAUCCUCCGGUACUUGAACCCAAGAAGAAAGUACUUCGAUAGCAAGUAUGUUUUCCAUUCAACUGUCAUAUGUUCUCAAUUGGAAUCUGUGGAUUGUGAUUUCCACUUAUGUAUUAGAGUCCCUACUCGGUCUGAACAAAUUUUUUGCCCCACUUGAUAUUCUUUUGGAACUCAUUUGUUGUAUAGAAGUUAAGCAGAAAUUCUAAUUAUUUGCCCAUGGGCAAAGGCUUUUGUUGAUAAAA